AGGAUAUGUACAUGAGAUCACCCAUUCAGGUCUGUCUGCCGCAAGAAGAAAUGAAGAUACGAAGAUUGUUCUAUGAAAAUGUUCCCAGACAGCCUCUCGAGACAUUCAACUGUCCCUUUAAAUCUCGCAAAUUAAAAAGCUUCCUGGGGUGUGAAAAUCAGGAUACAUUCUUCUCCAACACCCAAAGACACCAAAUAGUGUAUCAGAUUCUGGCCAAUGCUCUGUAUGGAAGCACUCAUCGUGGCGAAGUUGGGGUACAGAGGUUACUGCGUGAGGAUGUUUUUACUGCGGCAUAUCCCCUACAUGAUGGUGAAUACACUUAUGCACCAGAAGUACCUCCAAACAAUCUGUUGCACAGGCAGAUCCUUUAUAAAUUCUGGGCUCACUGGACAAAGUGGUACAAACCUCAGCCUCUAGACCACAUAAGGAAGUACUUUGGAGAGAAGAUUGCCCUUUACUUUGCAUGGCUGGGCUCAUACACUAGCUGGCUCCUUCCUGCUGCUGUGGUUGGAACAAUUGUUUUCAUGUUUGGAAUUUAUAUUGUAAUCAACGAUGUACCAGCAAUGGAAGUUUGUGAGAGUGAAAGUUUGUACACAAUGUGUCCUGUUUGUAAGAUCUGUCCGUACUGGAAUCUGUCAAGCAUAUGCGGCCUUUACAAGGCUGGGAUACUGUUUGACAAUCUAGGGACCCUGCUAUUCAGUUUCUUCAUGUCGAUCUGGUCUGUAACCUUCUUGGAAUACUGGAAGAGAUUCAGCGCCACACUCGCAUACAGCUGGGACUGCUCAGAAUUCAGUGAAAUUGAGGAACCAGCCCGGCCCGAGUUCACUGUCUUGGCCCCUCAUACAAUUCAGAAUCCCGUCACUGGCUCAAAGGAACCCUAUUUUCCAAAGGCUAAACGAUUACGUAGAAUCUUCACAGGAUCCAUGAUAAUUAUUGUAAUGAUUGCCGUGGUCGUUAUGUUUUUGAUUUCUGUUAUCUUGUAUCGGCUCAUCAUCUUUCUGGUUGUGGCCAGAUCAGGAAUGGUCUACACAUCUGCCAGUCUCAUUGCCAGCAUAACCAGCUCUGUGUUGAAUUUGAUCAUAAUCCUGAUGCUUUCCAAGGUUUAUAAAUCCUUGGCUCAGUUCCUGACUCAGUGGGAGAUGCAUCGCACCCAGACAGCCUAUGAAGAUGCUUUUACCGUCAAAGUUUUCAUCUUUGAGUUUGUUAAUUAUUACUCCACCCCCAUUUACAUUGCAUUUCUGAAAGGCAGAUUUGUGGGAUACCCAGGACACGAUAUCACUAUUUUUCACAUUCGUAACGAAGAUUGUAACCCUGGAGGAUGUCUCAUUGAGCUGGCUCAACAGAUGUUGAUAAUUAUGGUUGGGAAGCAAGUACUGAACAACGUCAAAGAAUGUGUAGUUCCGAAACUGGUCCUCUGGUGGCGGAGCAUUGGAUUUAAUCCUGAUAAGAAGCAUGAGCAGGACAAGGAGAGUCCAUGGGAGAGGGAUUAUAGGUUGGUUACCUACGAGGGUCUUUUUGAUGAGUACUUGGAAAUGGUUAUACAGUUUGGGUUCAUAACCAUUUUCGUGGCUGCCUGUCCGUUGGCCCCACUCUUCGCGUUGUUCAAUAACUGGAUUGAGAUUCGUCUUGAUGCACAGAAAUUUGCGUGCGAGUACAGGCGUCCUGUUGCUGAACGUGCUCAGGGCAUUGGCAUGUGGAUGUCCAUCCUGGAGGCCAUCACCUGCAUUGCUGUCAUUGCAAAUGCAUUCCUAGUGGCUUUCACAUCCGACUUUCUGCCUCGCACAUAUUACAAGUACAAAACAGAAGGACAUUUAACAGGGUACAUCAAUUUUUCUUUAGCAGAAGCUCCUGAGAUAUAUGUAAGAAACCAUUCACCCUGCAGGUACCAAGCAUUAAGAGAUUCAAAGGGCAAUUUGACGUCUGAUUUCUGGAUACUGCUAGCCAUACGACUGGCAUUUAUUAUUAUAUUUGAGCACGUGGUGUUUUUCCUGGGUCAUUUAAUUGACCUCCUAGUCCCGGAUGUUCCCGAGUCAAUUGAAAUAAAAGUGAAGAGGGAGCGGUUCCUGGCUAAGCAAGCAUUGGCAGAAAAUGAGUUUUUGGCAUCGCGCAUGGAAGAGGAAUUUGUGAGUAGGAGUUCAGAGGAUGUGCAGUCUGAACAGGCAUCCUCCCCUAUCAGCGAUUCCACAUCAAAAGCCACACCAAAGUCUUCACCAACCUUCCAUAUCUAUAACACCUUUCCUCGACAAAGAGACCUUCCCCAGCCUGUGCCAUGAAACCAUUGUGAGAAGCCGAAUGAGCCUUAGGAGUUAAUGUAGAGCACCACACCAUAUAUUUAUGGCCACCAACUGUUCUGUACCAAAUGACUGCAAGGUCAACUUACAAAGCAUUUUUCACAGCCCUAACACUUGCCUACUUCCACUUAAUUAUGUGUUUAACUUAAGCAUAGUUUGGAAAUGCCACUGGUAGUUGAAAUUACAAAAUGUCUGUAUUCUAUAAUAG